GUUAGAAAUACCACGAAAACAAACCCAUUGAAAUACUGGCGAGCUAUGGCUGGCCACGCACUUGUUGCCGUCAAAUUCGAGGUAUUCGGCAGGGUACAAAAGGUUUUCUUCCGCAAGUACACGCAGGCGGAGGCGCAGCGGCUGGGGCUGCACGGCUGGUGCGAGAAUACGGCGCGCGGCACCGUGCAGGGCGAGCUGGAGGGGCCGACAGAGGCGGUCCGGCAGAUGAAGACCUGGCUGCGGACCACCGGCAGCCCUAACAGCCAAAUCGAGCGGGCGGAGUUCGGCGAGGAGGUGCCCCUGGCGGCCUACACACACGAGGAGUUCGGCAUCCGGAGACACCACUGAGCAGCGCAGUGGGGGCAGCGCGGCGCUUCUGUCAUGAGGCGGACAGCGUGGCUGGCGGUAAGGGAUGAAGGGCAGGCCGGCAGUUGCAGUCGGUACCGUACACGGGAGACGCGUGCCAGGGCACGGCGGGAGUCGUCCAGGCGCCUUGUCCCAGAAACAAGCAUGCGUGGUUGGCAACAGCGUUGUGAGCGUAAGAUUGCGAGGAACCCUAGAACUCAGAACAGGAACUGGAGGGGGCUACUUAGUGGCUAACUCACUCGGCAGUGGCUGGCUGAAGAAGCGGAAUGGGAAAGGAAAGAUUCAAGGCCUGGCGCCGCUUAGGAAGGGCCGCAUGGGCCGCAUGGGCGCACAUGAGCCCCGCAACGCAUGGCCCAACCCUGCCUACGGCGGCUGGGUUUGGGCCGUGCCGAGUGGUGUUACGUUGCGCCGCCCUGCGCCCUGCGCCGUGAGCUGUUCGGGGGCUGGCUGGAUUGGGUGAGGAGGUUGUUGAGGGCCUAAGUUGUGGCCGGCCUCGAUGUUGGCAAAGGUUUAGGUAAAUGAUGCGUGAUGGCCAGCUGGCCAGCAGGUCGGUUGACGGGACGACGCCCCGUGGCGUGGGGCAGUUUCGGGUGCCAUACAACAGCACUGCAAUUCACGCAUACUUAAGGACAUGUUCACGGCUAGGAUUGAACGUGGCGGUGGAGAGGGGUCGUGAAGUGAGCCGGUUUCUUCGAGAGAUGUCAUGCAUUGUGCAUUGUGUUUUGGUGUUUUGUGCCGCUGCCCCCUUCUUUGACUCGUACAAUAUGGUAGCCAAGCAAUUGCAGCCUUGUACCGGUAUGCUGCUGACGAUAAUCCAGCUCUUGACGCAAGGGCCUUGGGACUAGGGGCUAGUGCAGACCUACGCAGUACAACACCUCUAACGCCUCUCUCGUU